AUGGAUUCAGCAUGGGUUCAACAAUUACCCCCUGAACUACAGAAUGACAUCAAAGCUGUUGUUGAAAAAGACCAGUCGAGUUUUGCUGCGUUCGAUAACUUACAUGCAUUCUUAACAGGCGGCACAACCAAAAAACGAAAAUUGAACGCUGAACCAGAAGAAAUCCCUCCAGAAACGAUAAUUUUUGAAAUCAAUGAGAUUUCGUUUUAUUCACCAGUUCGGAAAAGAAUGAACUUGACCCUUCAUUUGGUUGAAGAGGACGGCAACCCCAGCCCGGCUCUUUCCAUCGUCAACCCUUCCAACAAUAUCCCAGAAUUGACAUUCACAGGACUAGAUCAAGCAGUAAAACUUUGUUUGUUGUUGCCAAUACUAGGAAACACCACCAACACACAAAAGAAAGCAAUUUGCUACUUAUGUUUCUGGAUGCACGACGAAAACAUGUCGAAAGACCCAAUUGUUUGUCAAAUGAACUUGGACUUGGUGAAAAAGCUGAUGAUCAAGAAUGGGAAAUUGCCUGCUGAUAUCGAAUCGAAAUUCAUCACACCAAGAGAUGCACUUCCAUUGAACCCAAUCCAAGAACGCAUAAUCGACUACUUUAAAAGACAAUUCCAGCUUUGUGGUAUAAGCAUGAUGAACUAUAUGCCGUGUGUAUCGAUCUUUAGAAACACGUUUAGUUUGAAUGACGACAAUGCCAUUGCCAUGAAUACCGACGGUGCGUCCCAGCCUGCACUAGUUAUGGUAAACUGCCACAAGGGUGCCAAAGAAGGGGUAUUGAUCCUUUUACAAGCCAAUAAAACUAACCCUGCCCACAUCAUAUUUGGGUUUAAAAAGCCAAUUCUAGUUUUCGAAGCAAGUCAAGUGUUGCACACCAGCUAUAGCAACAUCACGCGCCAAACAUUUAGCUUGAAUGUGGUGGUUCUAAACAAAAAACAAGAACAAAGAGAGUUGGAGUUUGGCAUGAUUGAUGAAAAGUUCUACAAAGUUAUUGACGAUUUUAUAAAAUUACAAGGUAUCAACGAUGCUACAUUCAACCAAGAAGAAAGUGGUGACGACCUGAUAGAGAUCGUUCAUGUCAACAAUAACGACGACGACGAUGACGAGGAAGAUGAUGAUUUCCAAUCUGAGGAUAGUGGCAGUGACGUUGAAGAAGAGUAUAAUAGUGAUUUGAACGAGCCGCUAGCUGCACACGAAGAGGAUGGGGUGUUUGAAAGAGGUAUUGAAAUCGAAUAA